AUGGCGAGGCCAGCAGAUGCUCCCCGGGGCCCUGGAGGCGCCAUCGAGCUGAUGCAGGAGAAGCUCGCGGCGCUUCGUGCCAAGCGCGGGAGCACCAGAAAAGGCAGGAAGUGGCUGUGCCGCGUCCUAGCCGAACGCGCUCUCGAGGCGACGGCCGAGCUGAUCGUGGAGGCCGAGGAGAGGCAGAAACGGAGGAGGAAGAGGAAGUCCCGAAGAGGUCGGGAAGACGAGGAGGACGAGAUGACCGACAGCAGCGACGAGGAGGAGCUCGGGGCGCAGGAGGACACAGCAGUGCGUCGGACGGCCAAGGAUCGGCCAGGCGCACUUCUCCAGUCCACCAUUGUGAUGAUGAAGCGCCACCUCGGCGGGUCGCAUCAUCAAGGCGAGACCGAGGGAGCUAUCGACACGACGACCCUGGGGACGAACUACCUCAACAAGGCCCUGGGGCAGCCUGGGAUCAAGGUCCCUUUCCGCUGCGAGCGGGAGCUGCGGACGUUGGCGGCCAUCCUCGACGAGCUGCUCUCCGGCCGGAUUGUCCAGGCGGGCGACUUGCUUGUCCAGAGGCUCCGCGCCCUCGAAGCCUCUCUCCAGGAAGACGGAGGAUGGUCUACUGCGCGUCACCUAGAGGUGGUUCCAGAUUCAAGGGUGACGACGGUGACGCCAAGCUUGAAGGCGAUGGCGUCGAAGACCGAGCGCGACGAGCAGAAGUCCAAGGCCGUCCUGCAGUCGCAGCGGCAGCCAUCGCGCGAGGCGGGGGCGAGCUGGUGGAAGCGGGGCGAGUCCGGGAGCGACGCGGAGGAGCUCCCCUCCGCCAUCACCCACGAGGGCCUGGAGAAGCCGGGCAAAGGCAAAGGACCCGGGAGAGGACAGGAGAAGGGUCGAGGAAAAGGUCGAAAACGCUUGAACGACCUGGCCCGCGGCUCGGCCAUCCCACGCCCGGGCAUCUACAUCGGCCGCAGCCGGGGGGAGUUCGGAAAACCCCAGGGUUGGGGCAACCCCUGGAAGCUGGCAGGGGCGUCAGAUCACGAGAGGGAGGACGUCACCCAGAAAUGCGCGGAGUACUUGCGGAGCGAAGCGGGGCGCUGGGUCCGGUAUCGUCUGCACGAGCUCCGCGGGGCGAAGCUCUACUGCCACUGCGACCUGGACCAGCCAUGCCAUGGCGACGUCCUUUGCUCCCUCUAUUGCUCCGUAGUUUCCCAAGUUGCUGGCGAGCAUGGGCAGCUUCCCUCACUGGAGGGCCUUUGCCCCGCCGAGGUGGGUUUGGCGUUGAAGUGCCACCUCUGCUUUUACGAGCAUCGGCAUCAAGAGGUGCUCACCGAGGUGGCGGAGAGGUGCUGCGACGUCGAGCGGGGGGCAGCGACGGUCCGCGACCUGCUGCCCUUUCCGCUCUCGCCGUUACCCACCGACGCGGAAAAGGCGCCAGCACUGGCAGCAAGCCGGGGGGAAGCCGUGACGACAGAGAUGGUGGAGCAGGCAGGGCUCGAGGCAUGGAUGUAUCUCAUUAAGUGGUCCUUGAACCAGCUUAAUCGAGGAGGUGGUCGGAGGAGGAGCUGCGUGGACUACAAUUCCCACCCCGGGGACUUGGGCACGAGCUCAUGCAACGGUACGGAAGACGAGCUGCGAGGCUCGGCGGGUGCUGGGUCAGCAGCUCAGCAGGCAGCGCUGGACCAGUUGAGGUUGUACGUGAGCGACUUCGUCAAGGGCCACGACAUCCCCAUAGUCGACUGGGCGGAAACCUUACGUCAUGCUCGGCUGGAUUAUCAGGGAGAGGAGAUGAAGGUCCCAGAAAAAGUCACAUGGGAGCAGAUCGAGCCGGCGCUACCCCCAGUAGGCCAGUCAGCGAGGGUGCGCGCCACUGGGCUUGUCCAGGGCGUGUUGAAACAUUAUCUUGAAAACCCUCAGCUCUGCCUGUUGCCCGAGGGGGAGUGGCCUCCAGCAGUUCCCACUGCCAAGGUAUGGGUCGACAGCGAGGCCGAAUGGCAUCGAAUUUGCCAGGGCGCAGCUCGGAGGGGAAUCUUCUCUUUCAUCUCCGCGCGGGACGUCUUCAAGGUGAAGGGAGUUCCAGUGUUGAACGGCUUGUUCGGCGUCCCCAAGCGCAACAAGAAGCUGCCGGGCACGGACAAGGCGAUCCUGCGCCUCAUCCUCAACGCCAUCCCGACGAACAGCUACCAGAAGGUCCUCGAGGCUGACAUCAGAUGUCUACCUUAUUACAUGCAGUGGGCCGGCAUCCAGCUGGAGGACGAGCAGGUCCUGGUGUGGUCCGAGAGCGACAUGACUUCGGCGUUCUACAAUUUCCAGAUGGAGCCUGAAUGGUUGAAGUAUCAGGCGAUUGGGCGCGCGGUGCCUGGUCGAAUCGCCGCUGAAUUCUGCCCGCACUUGGCCAACGAGGAGGUGGUCUAUCCAGCCAUGGCGGUGAUGGCGAUGGGAUGGCAGUCAGCGUGCGGGAUACUUCAGCAUAUUCAUCGAAAUCUAUGUUUUCUGCCCCCUCCGAUGGGUGCAGGAUUGGAUCCAAGCAGAGAGGUGCGGCGAGACGCGCCUCUGCCUGGGUCCAUGGAUCCAGAUAGGCGCUCCUUCUUCACGGUCUACCUCGACGGCUUCAGCCAGGGCGAGCUGCAGGACUUGACAAAGCUGGCGAUGCUGAAGGACCUGCCCGACGAGACGGCCGCCGUUCACGAGAUGUGGGACGCUUGGGGCAUCCCCCGGCAGACUGGGAAAGAGGAACAUCGGGCCCUCGAGUUAGACGUGCUUGGCUGCCGGCUUUCCGGGGAAUUGGGCCGAUUGGUCCUUCCCCGAUCCACGGUGGCGGAGCUGAUGUCGUUGAGCGCCUGGUUCACGGCCCCUGGGCCGCGCACCCAGCUCGAGGCCCAGAUCUUCGGGGGUCGUUGGGCGAGAGCAUUCCAGACCCGCCGCGAGCUCAGCUGUGUGUUCCACGAAUUUUGGGCGUGGCUGACGUCCCAACCAUCAGGAAAGCGGCGGAAGGAGCUGACCCCAGAGGUCCGGGACGAGAUCCGGACAGCGGUCUACCUCUUACCACUGUGCUUGAUGGACUUGCGGGCGCAUGUGAGCCCUCUGGUCGUGGCCAGCGAUGCCUCGGAGUCGGGGAUGGGCGUGUGCCGCACCUCGUCGCUGACCCCGCUGGGGUUGGAAGCCUUGGCAGUGAGACUUGCCGCGCAACCGAGGCACCAGAUGGAGGUAGGCUUAAUCGAGGUCCGCGCUGGCAUCGGAGGACUGCGAGCUGCGCUGGCGGCCUGCGGCGUCCACCCCGAGGUGUACUGCGCGAUUGAGGUGGACAGUAUGACCAGCAGAGUGGUGGAGGCAGCCUGGCCCGCGGCGAUCCUGGAGGGGGAGGCGCAGGCAGUCGGCAAGAGCCAGUUGCGGAAGAUCGUCGAGAAAGCCCCACACGUCAAAUUGUGGGUGCUUGGUGGGAUCAUCCCGCUCAAGCCAGGGGGCUCCAACUCGCGCCUGGCGCGGUUCGACGGCCCCGAGUCGACCCAUCAGGAGAUCUUGAGAUUGGCCAGGGAUUUGCGCAGCUUGGUCAUGGACCUGGGCAUCCACGUCGCUACAUACGCGGAGUGCGACGCAGGCAUUGACGACGAUGUGUGCCGGACUAUCUCGAAGCACUUCGGGGUGAGGCCCGCGGAGAUCUGCCCGUCGGCGCGAAUCCCGAUGAAAAGGCCGAGGCUGUAUUGGAUCAGUUGGAAGAUCAAGGCCGCAGAUGGGUUCAGCGUGACCCCGGGCAGCACUAAAGACAUAUUGCACUUCCACCCUGUGAAACCACGCCUGCUGGACAAGGCGUGGAUGGACCCGGGAUGGCAACGGACGACUGCCAGUCCCCUCCCGAUCUUCGUGGCGCCAGUCCAGCACGCGGAUCCGCCGCAAGACCCAGCUGGACUCGAUGCAUGCGACAAGUGCGCCAGGGCCCGAUGGGCUGACGACAAUUACCGGUUUCCCCCCUUGCAGUACCAGUGGAAGUACGGCAUGGUAAGGAGCAAGCCAGGGGAGCCGCAGUGGCGAUACCCAAAUGCCCGGGAGAGAGAGAAGCUCCUGGGGUACCCGCCGGGCUACACGGAACCGGCGCUUCGGACUGCAGCGGGCCACGCUGAGCGCGAGGAUGCGCGGCUCGGGCUGCUCGGAAACGCCCUCCACACGGGAGUGGCGGCGUUUCUCUUGGCCAGGCUGUUCGAGGCCAGUGGCAUACCGUCGAAGGACCCUGCCGCGAACUUCCUCGUCAUAGGCGAAGAGCGUCCGCACCCGCAGGUGGACAACCCUGGCGUGGAAAUGGUGCGUGAACUGGUGCGGCGGCAGGCCCACACGGGACGUGAGCUACGAAGACACGGCCCGAUGGACCACCCGGGACUCCUCCCGAGGCAGACGUUGCAGGAGUCUUGGUGGAAGUGGCGGCGUGUAUUUGGCGUUCCUUGGAGCAUACCUGGGGAACACAUCAAUGUUCUUGAACUUCGGGCCAUUUUGGCGGCCCUGCAAUGGCGACUUCGAGCCAAAGUUAACGUCCACAGUCGUGGUCUGCACGGAGCAGACAGCUUUGUGGCGCUGGGGGCACUCGCUAAAGGCCGCAGCGCUUCGAAAAGGCUCGCUCCCGUGAUCACGCGCAUUAACGCCCUUCUUCUCGCCUCAUCUUUUUGGCCGCUAUGGGGGUAUUUCCGCACGGACCUCAAUCCAGCGGAUGCCCCGUCACGCGAGCAAUGA